AUGAGAAAGCUUUAUGAAGCAUCAAAGAUUGGGUGUAUACAAAUAUUGAAAACUCUCAUUCAAGACGAUCCAGAUUUCAUUCAAAAAGCUUUGAUGUAUACAACUUCCAUUACGAUUGAGACUCCAUUAUUACACGUCUCCGUUUCUCAUGGCCACCUUGAAUUCACUCAGUUGCUUUUGGAUCACAACCCUCAACUUGCUGAAGUUGAUGCCUUUCAAAGAACUCAACUUCACAUAGCUUGUUCAAAUAAUGGGGAUAUGAAGAUCAUUAAAGCUUUGUUGGAGAAGAACACAAGUACUGCUUGCUUGGUUCAAGAUCUUAAUGGCUUCAUUCCUCUUCAUUACGCAGUGAUUAGUGAGAAUAUUGAGAUGAUGGACUUGUUGAUAAAAACAAGGCCACAAUCUGUUUUGAUGAAGCUUAAAAAUGGUCAAACUGUUUUACAUUUAUGUGCGGAAGGUAACCAUCUACAGGGAAUGAAGCUGCUAAUUGCUUAA